AGCUUCAUUUAACAUUUGAUUUUCAACGCCUGAGCAUCUAACUCUAUCCCUCUAUGUCUAACUCUAGUUGACUUCAGUAACAUAUUCAAAAUUUUUCAAAUAGAAUAAAAUUUAAUUUUUUAUCACAAAUUUAAAAUUUAAAUGGAUUUAUACAGUGAAAUAUUAUUUGGUGAAACAUAUAUUACGUGUUAAUUAGAACAGUGAAAAUAUUCAAUAGAUUUUUAUCGAAAGUUUAAAUAAUACAAGUGACAAAUAAAAAUGAAGAAAAGUAUUCUUCAGCGCAUCAUGAGUACGGAUAACAAAAAAGAGAACGCAGAAGACGGAAAAGUGAAAAAGGAGGAACAAAAAAGUGAAAGAGUAAGAAAUUACUCGGGGAUACCGGGGGGGAAUUGGAUUAAAAUACGUAAUAAUUUGCCCCGCAAUCCGAUCGGCCCUAUAAGGAUGAAUGCGAUGAAAGCCACGGACAGAAGUGGUCACAGCGAUCCCUACAAUAUUUUUUCCCCUAGGAGCCCAUGGAUAAAUAUUGGGUCAUCGCCGACACGUCCGGAGAUGAUCGAUUUGGAGACAAUUAUAUGCGAGUUCGAGAAGGGUUUCCUCUCCCCAUCGAAGCACGAAGUAUCGAAGGAAGUAGGCAAACAGAGGAACUUCGUCAAAAAGAUCGUGGCAGCAUUUGAAGUGAAAUACAAGGCGUGUAAUGAUCCAAACGGGCAGGAUGGAGCCGGAGGGAGCAGCAACCCGGACACCAGUUGCGAAGGGGAGGUGAAGAAGUCACCGAUCUUUGAAUCCAUCCGUUUCAACUCGCCAUCUGAAAAUUUGUGCGAUUCGAUGAUGAUGAUAAUGGACGAGAGGGGCGAAUUUGAAAACGGGUCGAGCAGCAAUUCGAUGGGGCAAACUUUCGUCUGGACUUCCGAAACCAAGUUCUCCGACGAGGAUGGCUUAAUUGAUCUUCGAAAGAAGAAAUACGACGACGAGACGGAGAAUCGUGAAAAUGAAGAAAUAUCGGUGUACCCGAACGAUUUCGAGACAUCAACAAUAUUCCGGAGCGAGUUCAGCACAGAUUGGAGGAAUGAAACGGGAGAAUAUUCUGAUUAUCCGUUAAAUCUCAAGCGACGAGACUCGAACGACUCUAAUUAUUCUUUAAAUAAGAGUUUCUUUAAAUUUGACAAAGAAGAAUCCUACCAAAGAUCAAACAUUGAUCCGAAGGAGGCAGAGACUCUCGACGACACGAUGAUUAUGGACGACACUAUGGUCCUUGACUUAACCAUGCCCAAACAGGGAAACACUUCCUCGAUGGAGAACGAAUUCUCUCAAGCAAGUAUAAUUAAUUAUAUAAAACAGGAAGAGAUAGAAGAGGAAAGAGAGGAGAGAGAGGAAAGAGAGGAAGAGAAGGAAGAGAAGGAAGGGGAGGAGGAGAGUUCAAAGGACGCUGAAGAAAUUUCGCGCAACAAGAUCCCUAAGAUAGUGGGGGCGUUUUUAAAAAAACCAAUCGAAGUUGAGGAUACUUCGAUAAAUUGGAUACCUAUCCCAGGGAAGAAAUUGCCGCGAAAAAGAUCAUUGAAGAAGCUGCUCUACUCGUUGACAGGUAAAAGGCUCGACAAGAAACGAAAAUUCUCAUCGGAGAGGAACUUGAACGAGGGGGAAUAUCAAGAUUCCGGAUUCGACGAGAAAUCUUGUUCCUCUGCCUCCUUGAGUUCUUUGGCCUCCAUCACGGACAUAUUGGGCAAGACUCGGCGAGAGAAUAAUAAUUUGCUGAACAUGAACAAGGAUAUCACAUUUGAAACAUUCAAGUCAAAGAACUUGGAGGAAGAGAAAGAUAAAGCGUCUUCCCUUCAAAGGGAAGAAAAUUUUAAAAAAUUUAUUUUUACGGAGGUACCACGCGAGACCUUGAAAAUAGAUCUAGGUCCAACCUAUCCUCCUCUAAACUUGGUAACACAGACGACAAUGAAAACAACGCAAUCCGAUGAGUCCAGUCCAACUCUCGUGGCUGAGAACCUGACCACACUGCCCAAGCAUCCAAAUCUCUCUUCCAAGAUACGAAAACACCCUUUUAUUUCCUUAACAAAAAUGGACAACAGCCAGGAAUUUUGCAACCCUUACGUGUAUCGAACUGGCCAACACUCGUCCGUAAUUAUUAAAAAUGACAUGUACGAAGUGGAGAUACGCUCGAGGGGCGAGGAAAUUCCCUCCCCUACGGUUUCGGGCCGUAGCUCCUCAUCCACAAUCGUCCACUAUGACGUUCCCAGAAAAUUCUUAUCCAAGUCUGAGACCGACAUCUCGGUCAAGUGUCAAUGCUUGGAAAAAGAAGAGUCAAUUUACGAUAUUCCUAAAGUACAGAUCAUUGGGAGGUCUAAAUCAAGCGAUUAUGAAAACAUUCUCUCUCUUCAAAGGAAGAGUACCAUAGAAGAGUUAAAUGAGAAUUAUGAAAAUUAUGAAAAUUAUGAAAACGGCGACAAUACUUAUUAAAAUAAUAAUUGUCUUAAAAUAAUAAUGAUUGAGAUUCAUGUAAAAGAGAAUUUCGUAUAAUUUUAUUUCUAAUUUUCGUUAUAUUACAUAACUUUUAGAUAAUAUUUAAGUCAUUUGUAUUAGUGUGUAUUAUAUGUAUAUAUAUAUUAUAAGUGUGUAUUAUACUUUUUUUAAUAGUAUUAACUCUUUGAAUGCUUAGGAUUAUUUCUAAAUUUUAACUUUUCUAUCAUCUUUUUAUUGAUCGACGCGUGAUUAAAUCCUUAAAUGGAAAUGAUUAUGUAUAUUUGUGUAUUAUAAUUCUAAUAAUAUUUAUCUUAUAAUUCUAAUAAUAUUUAAAGAAUAUCUGAGACGAUUUACGAAUUAUUGAGACGAAUCCAGAUCUUAAUGCUUGAUUAUUUUUUUUUUUUUAAUAAGAUCGAUGUAUGAGUAUAUCUAGAAAUGACUCGAAGAAAAUAGAAAUCUUUUUACAAAUUGAUUAUACUAAUGAUUAAAAUUGUUAUAUAAAAUAACUUGUAUGUAAAAUUGUUAUAUAAAAUAGCUUGUAUGUAAAAUUGUUAUAUAAAAUAACUUGUAUGUAUGUAAAAUUAUAUAAAAUAACUUGUAUGUAUACUUUUCAAAUUUUUGUUUUGAAAUAUAGCGAAUAUUUGAGAUAUCUGGAUUAAAAUGAUUUUUUUUUAAUAUUUCUAAAAUUAUUUAGAUUAUUUAGACUGAUAGAGUUCAUAAGAAAUAUUACGAUAAUUUUCGAAAAUAAAUUUUAUGUAUCAACUUUGUAUUUUAAUUAAAAAUCACAGAUAUCGUAGAAUAUUUGAAUAUUUUGAAAAUCUAUUUUUACAAAUGCGAUAAUAGUAGAUUGAUACUAGAAAGUGUAAAUUGGAUAGAAUUAUAAAAAGUGUAUAGCAAUUUUAUCGUUUCUAAUGGAAGUGUGUCUAUAAUGACUUAUAUUUUAUUCACUGUCUUAGAUUUUAGAACUUGUUUCUUUCUUCUUCUUUUGUUUUCAACUGAAAAUGUUAAAAGCUUAGAAUAAUUCGCGUGGAACAUUUAAGGAAGAAGAAAGAAAAUACAUUAUUUCUGUUAAGAAAUAUUUAUAAAGGACUUGAACUAUAUAUUAACACUAUAUUUUAUAUUAAAAUUUAUCAAUAUUAAUGUCAUAAAAUAACUAUAAUUGAAAAAGUAACAUACGUAAACCGAGAUUUCGAUAAAUUGUACAAUUUUGUUGUGCAAUUUAUAUAAUAUACGUAUGUAUGUAAAAUAUUAUAUAUUCCUUUUCUUUUAAAAAAUUCUUGCAAUAUUUCAAAUUCAAAUUCAAAUAUUUAAAAUUUUUAUAUAUAUAUAUAGUAAUAGUAUAAGAAUAUAGUAUAAUAAUAAUAUAGUAUAAAAAUAGUAUAAGUAUAGUAUAAGAAAAUAAUUAUUAUAAUAUAUAUAUAAUUAUUAUUAUAAUUAUAAUAUUAUAUUAUAUAAUAUAUAUUAUUCGCAAGAUGUGCCAAAAAAUACUAAUUUAAAAAAUGUUAAGAUUAAUUUUAUAAAAUUGAAAAAGUGUAACAUCUUGAAUAAUUUAAUUAUCUUAAUAUUUGCUAAUUUCAAUUCAAAAUUUUCGGAAGCAGAGGAUAAUGAUAAGAUAAAUUCAUUUAUAAUAUUUAUCUUUGUACUUAAUACAUCUGUAUCUAUAUUUGAUUCUUUGAUAAAGUAGUUACUAGUGUAUAUUGUACCAAUGUCGUUAUCAGAGCAAUUAUCUUUUCAAAUAUCCAUUAAAGUGUUUUUAAAGUAUCUCUUUCAUAUUUCAAUAAGUUAUAAUUUUCAAUGAUCGAUAAUCAAAUGUUUGAUAGGGCUUGUUUAUUAAAUUGGCAAUUUAUAUAAAUGGUACGAAAAGAUUACUUCUUCGACUCUUCGAAUCCAACAACUUUUAAUAUAAUGAUGUUUCAUAUCAUGAAAACAAGACGAGGGAUCGAAUAACAUUGUAACAAUAUGGAUCGUUUCGUAUGAUGAACGUUCGUAAUUCUGCUGCAGUAAAGAGAUCGCGGUUAUAGGAGAAAUGGCUCGAGGUUCGUAACGCCAUAACGAUAAAAUCUUGGUGGAGAAGUAGUGACGUAGAAGCUCGUAUGCAUUGUGUGACGUGGGUGAUAAGCGUGGGUGGAUGAUGGCAACCAUUAACUAUCCGUUGAAACUAUGAAACGCAAUGGAAUGCACGUGGAUUGGUCGAUGAUGGGUCAAGGUUGGCAAAUUUCGAAACUAUCUCUGCUUUAUACCUGUGAUGCAGAGAGAGACCAAUGUCAAACUUCGAAUUUUAUUUAGAAUUUUAGUCAAUACGAAGAUUCGUACGUCAUAACAAUGCGAAAUAACAAAAUGAAACGUCAGUCAUUCGAUUUGGAAAAGUUAAAACGGAAGAAUAUAUACAAUUAUGUUCAAAAGAGGUAUAUAGCUACAGAUAUCCAUUAAAGUGUCUUUAAAGUACCUCUUUCAUAUUUCAUGUAUGUAUGUAUACUGUAAGGAUAAUUAAUCCUGACAAUAUCAAAGUUGAAAUAAAUAAAAUUAAUUCAUAAA